AUGGAUAGAGAAAGAACAGCAGAACAGAGGAUGGUGCUGCUGCUGCUGCAGCUGCGGCUGCUGCUGCAUGCAUGCAAAUGCAUGCGGGAGCUUACUCUUAUAACUACCCUCAGCAGCAGCGCAGCAAAAGACAUUGUGCUGCUGCUGCUGCGGCUGCUGCUGCCGCAGGAGAAAGAAAAUAUAUUAAAGAGGCAGCAGCGGGUGCAGCAGCAGCUGCAGCAGCAGCAGCAAGUCGAGGAGAGAGAGCAGCAGCACCAAAUUAUACUUUUCUUGCAGCAGCAGCAGCAACCGCAGCAUGUGCUGCAGCAGGUAGGGGCAAGGAGGAGACAAAGACACAAAGAGAUAGGUGACCUUAUAGACCCUACAUAUUUCCACUGGUUGCUGCUGCUGCUGCAGUCUGCUGCUGCUGCUGCUCUCCUAAACAUAGUCGAGCUCUGGCCCCCUGCUGCAGCAGCAGACAUGCAGCAGCACCCGAACCCUUUUGCUGCUGCUGCAGCACAUCAGCAGCAAGCUGUUAGACAGUAUCAUAUGGUCGUCACCAGCAGCAAAAGUAAACGCGAAACACAGCAGCAGCAGCAGCAGCAGCAGCAGCAGCAGGAGGAGGAGGAGGAGGAGGAGGAGCAGCAGCAGCAGCAGCAGCAGCAAGGAACUCUGGUCAGUCGACGAGCCCGCCAGCGGCAUCCGCAUCAUCAGCAGCACCAGCAGCAGCAGCAGCAGCAGCAGCAGCAGGAGCAGGAGGAGGAGGAGGAGCAGCAGCAGCAGCAGCAGCAGCAGGAGCAGCAGCAGGAGGAGGAGACUGCUGCUGAUGAGAGUAUAAAAGCAAUAGAGAUGGUUGCUGUCUCCUCUCGUCUUCGUGCUGCUGCUCGUGUUUACUUUGCUGCUGCAGCAUUUAAGGAGUUUCCUUUCUGCUGCUCUGCUGCAGCAGCAAGAAGACUAGCAGCAGCAAUGCAUGCAGACCUCACUGUGCUUCGUGUUGAGAUACGCAUGCAGCACCACCCCCUGCAGCAGCAGCUGCAGCAGCAGCAGCAGCAGCAGCAGCAGCAGAAAAAGAAAAAGAUAGUGGGUAUUGCUUGUCUCUCCUCUGCAUGCAAAAGGAGACAGUUGGUUGUGCAGCUGCUGUGGGCCCUUGCUGCUGAUCUGGGUACUCUAUGUUCCUGUCCCCUGCAGCAGCAGCAGCAGCAGCAGCAGCAGCAGCAGCAGCAGCAGAGGGAAGAAGCAGCAGCAAUAAUAGCGAGAAGAAACCCUAACAUGCUCAAGCUGCUGCUGCAGCUGAUGACGGCAGCAGCAACAGCAGCAGAAACAGAAAAAAAAAGACAAAAAAAAGAAAAAAUAAAACAGCAAAGGAUGCAGCUGCAGCAGCAGCAGCAACGACGUCAGUAUCAGCUGCUGCAGCAGCAGCAACUACUGCAGCAGGAGCAUGCAGAACUAACAGCAGAGAACGGCAGCCUGCAGGACCUGCGAGAGCAGCUAGAGAGGCUGCUGCUGCAGCAGCAGCAGCACGAGCAGCAGCAGCAGCAGCAGUACCGGAGGAUCAGGGGAGAGGGAGGGGGCAGGAAACGAAGCCUGCAGCAGCAGCUGCAGCAGCAGCAGCAGCAGCACCAGCAGCAGCUGCAGCAGCACCAGCAGCGGCAGCAGCAGCACCGGCAGCAGCACCAGCAGCAAAUGCAGCUGGAGCAGCAGCAGCAAGAAGAAACAACCAGAGCACUGCAGCAGCUGCUGCGGCCGCGGAAGCGCUUUCGACGCAUGGGUGCAGCACAGCAGCAGCAGCAGCAGCAGCAGCAGCAGCAGCAGGUUGGCGGCUGUGGCACUAUACAGGAGUGGCAGCAGCAGCAGCAGCUGUUGCUGCAGCAGGAGCAGCAGCAAACACAACGACAGCAGCAGCUUUUAAGCCUCAUAGAGGAGGAGUUCGGGGAGGAGCUGCAGCAGCACCUGCAGCAGCGGCAGCAGCAACUGCAGCAGCGGCAGCAGCAGCGGCAGCAGCAGCAGCAGCAGCAGCAGCAGCAGCAGCAGCCGCUCUUGACCCCCCACGAAACCUCGCUGCAUCUGCAGCAGCAGCAGCAGCAGCCUCCCCCGCGGCGGCAGCGUAUGUUGCUUUGGCCUCAGGAGCAGCGGCAGCACUCCCCCGCGGCGGCAGCGUAUGUUGCUUUGGCCUCAGGAGCAGCGGCAGCAGCAUCAGCAGCAGCAACAGCAGCUGCAGCAGCAGCAGCAGCUGCUGCAGCAAGAGCAAAACCAACACCAACACCAACACCAACACCAACAGCAGCAACAGCAGCAACAGCAGCAGCAGCAGCAGCAGCAGCAGCAGCAGCAGCAGCAGCAGCACUCCCCCGCGGCGGCAGCGAGCAGCGGCAGCACUCCGCUGCUGCUGCCGCUGCAGCGCCGGGUGUAUAG